UCCAAUCAGAGACAGUGACGCUCACUGCACAUGCACAGUUCAGGACGUAAACACUGCCUUGUCUGCCUUCACAGAUCUGAGGUUCAUCUCCUGCAUCGUCCAGCAGGUGUCGCCGUUGCUCCUCCCUCCUCCUCCAGACUGACCCCGACCUUUAACCCCAGGUGCACUAGGACCCGGCAGGAUCCUCUCAGGACGCAUUCAAAGGCAGCUCGUAAACUCUAUCAGCGAAGAAUAAGAGUCCUGGUUCUGGUUCUGGUCCUGGUCCCGCUCCGGGUCCUGGUCUCCUCAGUCCUGAUGGCUGCUAACCGGGUGGGGCGGCGGGUGAACCGGCUGUGCGGGAGUCCAUCCCCGGGCCGGGCCGGGUCCAGGUCCGGGUCCGGGUCCGGGGUGCGUGAUCCGGCUCAGGUCCUGCAGCGGCGCCAGGCCCGGGUCACCGUCAAAUACAACCGGAAGGAGCUGCAGAGGAGGCUGGACGUGGAGAAGUGGAUCGACUGUGGACUGGACCAGCUGUACCGGGACCGGGAGGAGGAGAUGCCAGAGGAGGUCAACAUCGACGACCUUCUGGACCUGAAGACGGACGAGGAGAGACGACAGAAGCUGCAGGAGAUCCUUCAGUCCUCCACCAACACCACAGAGGUGUUCAUCAGCGAGCUCCUUUCGAAGCUUCAGGGUUUACAGAAGCAGGAGGAUCUGCACAACGACGGCAUCAGCCUCCCACAGCUCCACGCCUGCCCCGCCCGCCCCGAACUGGCCGACUGACGCCACAAACGCACCCGCCGAGGCUAAGCUCCUCCCACCGCCUUCCCAAACAGACAUGAAAACAAACACUGAACAUCUGCAUCCACAAGCUCCACACGAGAGACGCUGACGAGGAAAACAAACACACCUGCCACAUCACCACAAGGAGCUGAAAAACCAUGUUCUGUGUACUUUGAGCUCAGUUUGGGUCACCACCACCAACACCACUGUCCUCUGCUGCGACCUGGUCCACGAUGUUCAUCACCUGGACGUGAACUGUGUCCGUCAGGCUUUUUACGACUUUUAUUUUAUUUUUAAAACUGCCUGAUUUUACCUGAAACUCUUUAGCUUAUAAAUUUUCCAAAAACAGUGGAAAACACGGAUUUUUAUGUUAAAAUAACGAUUAAAAAUAACUAAAUCCCAGUAAAAAUAUUUGAAAAGUC